UGCUUUCCUCCCGGUCAUCCGAUUGGGUCUAGGGUUGGCAUGUUGGUCUAGGGGUGGGAGUAAAAUGGAGUCUGCGAAGAACGCAACCACAAGCGCUAGGUCGUCUGCCCCCGAGGAGGGACGACCUCUUCAGCAAUCUCCUUCUCCGUAUCUCCAUGCAAGGGAUGCACAAUGGUUUUUGGACUUUGUUGUUCAGGGGAACCUUGUUGGGCCAGCUGUUUUCAUGCAACCCACUUGCGUUCCAGGCGCUGAGGGAGCGGGCGACGUUAUUCCUCUCGGUACCAUCAUCUCGUACGGCAAGAUUCCUGGAGGUUUGCUUAAACUACACACUAACGUCUUGUACGACAAGUGCAGACUGCCUUUGAGAGGUGUUAAGGGUGUGAUAAUGACCAUCAAGAGUUUCGCAGGUUACGGGUCGAACAAGCCGCCGUGUCGUCACUUCGCAGGGCUUUACGAUGGCAACAGCAAGCGUCUCCCGUCGCCAGUAGAAUACCUUGAUCUCGCGCCGAAGGUGCCGAAAGGACGUCCGGUUCUUCUACAAAAAUAUGUUUUCCGGCUUCUAAUGACCCACGAGGGGUCGUCCGACUUGGCUCAAGAAAACCUUGAGAUGCUAGUGGGGCACGGGAGUGCGAUUCACGGCACUGGGGGUCAGGGCAAGGGGCACGCGCGCAGCAUUCAGACGCAGGUCGGCCCGGAUGCUCCUGGGAACACGUCAGACUUGCAUUCUUCAGAUGCAGAAACUCUAUGGGUCUACCAGGGCGACACGUAUUCGCUUCGAGAUGAGACGAGAAGAGAAUCCGGCAGAUCGGGGCAAGAGGUUGGAGGGAAUGAGGCUGAAGGGAUGGAUGCAGUCCGCAACAGCUCUGGUGGGGAGCCGACUUUUUCGGAAAAGAAGCGCGGGCGACAGAGGAUAGUGCGAGAAGAGGUGGCGAAAGAAACCCCCCGUAUGAAGAGGAUGAAAGGACACUCAGAGCCGAUGAUUGGCGGGUAUGGAGGUGUCAUCAGAGAACGUGCCUCGGGAAAGAGGACGCCAGGGAUGCGUGGCGGAUAAGAAGAACGAGUCGAAAAGAGGCUGUCGAAGGAAGAGGGUGCAUCGACAAGUAAGAAAGCGAGGAGGCCCGGCAGUUUGACCAUC